AAUGACCAAUGACCCUGUCUUAUUUAUUUUUCUUUUGCUUUUAUUUAUUUAAGAAUUUCAUCUUUGUUUGACACUAAUGAAGAGACACAUUAAAUUUUUGUUUUGGUUUACGUGCAGCUGCUGGUUAUUAUUGAAUAAGUGAAUAAUUAGAAACUAGUUAAUUUUCGAAGUGAAAGUGCUUCACAAAAAAUGGGUUUUGAGUUGGAUCGUUUCGAAGGAGAUGUAGACGAAGAAUUAAUUUGUCCAAUAUGUUCAGGCGUUUUAGAAGAUCCUUUACAGGCUUCUGUAUGUGAGCAUGCAUUCUGCAGAGCCUGCAUACAAGAAUGGGUGUCUCGACAACCCACUUGUCCAGUAGACAGACAACAUAUUACCUUUGCACAAUUGCGACAAGUCCCUCGGAUACUGCGGAAUCUUUUGGCAAGGCUUUGUAUUCGUUGUGAAAAUGCACAGUAUGGAUGUACACAAAUAUUAAAAUUAGAUACUUUGUCUUCACACUUAGAAGAAUGUGAACAUAACCCCAAAAGACCGUUGCCUUGUGAGCAAGGCUGCGGGCUUGUAAUUCCAAAGGAUGAGCUCAAGGAUCACAACUGCAUUAAAGAAUUGAGGGCUCUAAUUCAAACACAACAACAAAAACUAAACGACUUUCAGCAAGAAUUGACAGAACAAAAAUUUACAAUAGGUGAACAGAAAAGAGAGCUACAACUUCUAAAGGAUUUUAUGAAAGCAAUGCGCAUUUCGAAUCCUUCAAUGCGAGCCAUAGCUGAUCAAAUGGAGAGAGAUGAAGUACUGAGAUGGAGUAAUACGUUACAAAGGGCAAGAGUUACGCGUUGGGGUGGGAUGAUUUCAACCCCAGAUGAAGUUUUGCAGCGGAUGAUAAAGAGGACACUGAGCGAAAGUGGAUGCCCGUCACAUAUCCUGGAAGAUUUGAUGGAAAAUUGUCAUGAAAGGCGCUGGCCGCCUGGUUUGAGUUCAUUAGAGACCAGACAGAAUAAUAGACGUCAGUAUGAGAACUAUGUGUGUAAAAGAAUCCCUGGCAAGCAAGCCGUUCUUGUUCUGCACUGUGACAACCAACACAUGGGAGACGAUAUGAUGGUUGAGCCUGGUCUUGUGAUGAUUUUUGCCCAUGGGAUCGAAUAAAACAGCUCUCUGAGACUGUCACAGUACAAUACAUUCCAUACAAAAAGCUUUACUGUCAUUCAACAAACCGUGGUUCGUUUUGCAACGCCUGAUGUGAAAAAAAACUCUUCUCAAUGUGUUUCGAGUUAUUUUUUGGGCUUAGUUGUUUCUGUAAAGAAUUAUUUGUCAUGUGUAGCCAAAAACUAUCUACUUGAAAACGAGAAUCUCAUCGUGAGGUAAAAACUGUUUUUAAAUUUCUUUUUGAAGUCCCAAUCAAUAAAUCAUGUAAGUGUUGUGAUAAUAUUGAGAUUUUUCCUGACCUUUGGGCAAUUAUUUGAAUAGAAACUGAUUUUGUCUUGUUUUGAGUACAAAUCUAGUAGGUAACAAUUAGCUUGCUUGCAAUUUUUAUUUAGAAUUUGAACAAAUGAAAGAAACAAAAUUUAAACCAAAGUUUUUUUUUUGAUUUGUUUGUUAAGUUGGAAAUUUUGUUUUCGUUUUGUUGCCUUGGUGCUUUAAAUUGUGUUCAAUUAGAUAAAAUAAAAAAGCAAAAUUAGAUAAACAUUUGUAAUUAAAUUAAAUCGUUUCUCCUUCCAGUAUGACAAUACAACAAUUCCAUUACUCGAAUUUAAUGUUGUGAAAGUAUUAUUAAUUUAUAAUAAAUUGAAUGAUCGUUAAAUAUGUUUACAUUUUUGUAUCUGCAUUUCUAUUUCUGUAUUGAAAUUGCUUAUUUUUUAUAUUAUCGUGUAUAAGCAGGGUUUUCAACUCAUAAAAAUUUUUUUCAUUACCGAGGACAUUUUCUUCUAUUUAGAUACGAUUUUAGAAAUUAUUUUAGUUGUAAAUUUUAGGUUUAUUAUUAAUAUUGAUCUCAUAAAAUGUUUUAUUUUUGGAGUCAUUCCCCUUUAAAUUGGCGAAUGACUGCUAGUCACUAUGGAUCUGAAAAUUAGUUAAACAUGUGAUCGUUAUCGGUUUUUAAUUAAUUAGUCUUUCGGAGGGUUGUAAAUAUUCAAAGCAGUGCCAAGUCUAAUUUUUACUCUAAUAGUAAUAAAAAAGUAGUUAAGAAAACAUUUAGACAAAUGAAAGUUUGAAAAAAUCCAAAACUUUUAAAAUUUUCCUCGUAUACGUUAUAUUGCUGCAACUUUUUGGAAUUCCCCUCGUAACUAAACGUAAAGUUUAAUCAAAAUCACAGAUAAAAAAGUUGCAAAAAGCAUUUGCAUCAAAUGUUUCCAAAAAGCUUCACCAUUAUGGUCCUUACCCACAUUAUUUUUUUUUACAAUUAGUAUUAGGUAUAAUAAUCACAUGAGGCUUACUUACAACUUAUUAUAAUAACGAGAAAUGCGCAAAAUGUUUUUAUUGAUAAUCAUGCAAUUUAGUAUUAUCUAUAAAGUGAAAAAGAUGCGAAAAUGUAUUUUCUAAAUAAUUAUACUUUUUCCAUUUGUUAGUUAAGCGCUUUUGUUGUGUUGGGCAUUUCGCGUUUUUUUUUUUUAUAA